AUGGAUACAGCAAAGCAUAACAGCAAGCCAGAUUGUGUUACAGACAUCGUCCCAGACGGGGAUGUUGUUCUGAUAGUUGGAGGAGACGACGUAAGACUGAGAGUCCACUCCCAAUGCCUUCGGUCUGCAUCUCAAGUCUUUGGCGCCAUGUUCGGGCCGAACUGGAGUGAGGGUCAGAGACUUUCCAGAGAAUCGCCAACGGAAGUUCCACUACCGGAAGAUGAUGCCGAUGCGAUGCGAACCAUCUGUUACGUUAUCCAUCAUCGUAAUGACCUGGUACCACAGCACCUACCGGCCAAAGAGGUCCUUCAAAUCGCCAUCGAGGUCGACAAAUACGAACUUGUAAUUGCCCUUAAAUUUGCCAGCUUAGAGUGGCUAAAGCCGCAAGCCAGCGCGGAAAGAGUGGAAAUGGGGCAUCUUUUGGCAGCAGUCUUCCUAUUUGACAACACGGACCUGUUUAUGGCAAAUAUCCUAACGCUAAUACUCCAUUACGACGGGUCUUACUUGGACUUCUUAGACGAUGAGUUUACUAGUCAAAUUAUACCGUUGAGAAUAUUUUACCUGUUAGAGGAACGAAGAACGAAAUUGCGAGCAGAACUUUGCCAGCUAUUGAUUAGGGGAAAGAGGGGCAACUGUAAAUGUGGCUGGGGUAACACCCGCAGUGAAAAAUAUGGGCUCCUCCUGGUCGAGUAUAUGCCAAUCAAGAUGCUUAAAGUUCCUAUAGCAGAAGUCAUCACAAAAAUGACACAAGUGUCCACUGAGGACAUGGAAAGGAAAUAUUCCCUACGCUAUAGCGAAACGCUUCUCGGAAAGCUGGACGCUCUGAAAAGGGAGGCUAGCAUUUGUAUUGACUGCGUUCGAAGUACUGGUGCUGCAGAUGUUUGA